AUGGCAAAGAGACUUAGUGGAUUACAAAAGGAAGUUAUUCAUUUGUAUAGGCAAUGCGUUAGGACUGCACAUAAGAAACCAAUAGAAAACAGGCCACAUUUUAUCACAUACAUAAGGACAGAGUUCGGUAAGUUCAAAGGCCUUUCACGGAAAGAUUUCAGUACCAUAGAGCAUUUACUAAGGGUAGGUAACAGGCGGUUGGAGAUGUAUGCAACACCCGAGUUGAAAGAUAUUCACUAA